AUGACCAGGACAUUAAUGGGUCCCAGCUACGUUCAUGGAGGACUGGCCCAUCAACGGCUAGUAGCCAGGCUGGGUGGCUUCGCCCUCCUUCCCUUCCUCUGGCUGGUCAAUGUGCUGUGGUUCUGCCGCGAGGCCUUCCUGGCGCCUGCCUACACUGAGCAGCCGCAGAUCAAAAGCUACGUCCAGCGCUCGGCUGUGGGGCUGCUGUUCUGGGUGGUCGUGCUGACCACAUGGGUCACCAUCUUCCAGACACACCGGGCCCGAUGGGGUGAGCUGGGUGACUACCUGUCCUUCACCAUCCCCCUGGGCAUCCCCUGAUGGCGCCAGGCACACUCAGAGGGCAGCCAGGGGGCCCCCUCCAGCUUGGAUCAGCGGGGGUCUCAUCCCUGCCCCUCCUGCCGGAGCUCAUCCCUUGCUGGCUGCCCCCUGCUCCGUGAGAAUCAAUAAAGUUUGUUUCACCCUGU